AGAACAUCUGGGAAAACAGAGAAACCACUCCCUCUGCGAUCAUAUAUAUAAUCAGGCCCUGCUGAGGUCUGAUUCAGUAACAAGGCUCAUCAAACUCUGUGAUUUGCUCUUUCACAGUAGUUCUGCAUCAACAUCAUGGCAAGCAUUUAUGGAGACAUCAUGAAAAUAGACACCACCGGUGCAUCAGAGAGGACAGCAAAACAAGACAAAUUAACCAUAAAGGGAGUUGAAGCCUCUAAAAAACUGGCUGAGAAUGAUCUGGCCCGGAUGGAGAAAUACAAGAGUAUGAUUAUCAAAGUUGGCAGAGCAAAGCAGAUGGAACCGGCUGUGAUUGCUGCCAUCAUAUCCAGAGAGUCCAGAGCCGGAGCCGUUCUGAAGGAUGGGUGGGGCGACCAUGGCAAUGGCUUUGGCCUCAUGCAGGUCGACAAACGCUACCACGCUCCAAAAGGUACAUGGGACAGUGAGCUGCAUGUCACACAGGCUACUGAGAUACUCAUUGGCUUUAUUAAAGAAGUUAAAGUAAAAUUUCCCAAAUGGACACAAGAGCAAUGCUUUAAAGGGGGAAUAUCAGCCUACAACGCAGGAGUGAAGAACGUCCAAACAUAUGAGCGCAUGGACAUCGGCACCACAGGAGAUGAUUACUCCAAUGAUGUUGUCGCCAGAGCCCAGUGGUUCAAAAGCAAGGGUUACUGAAGAACAUAUGAACCUGUAAACCCCUUACAUUACAAGAUUACAAACCCCGAUCCCUAAAAUGAGGCCUACUGUAUUGCUAUAGUAGUUAAAAAUAGUUAUUAGGUGUUGAUGUAAUCUUUCUCUUUUAAGAGUCUGUGGUGUUUUCUAAAUGAAACUACACAGUGCAUUUCACGUGAUGAUAGUAAUGCAGAUCUGAUUAAAUAAAACUCAUUUAUUUACUCAAA